ACGUGGGAUACAGUAAAGGCGACUUUGCGCAAAUUUGAUCGAGCUCGCGUCGCCAAGUCGGCUCACGAAGCAAAUCUCAAUCGACAUCGCGCCACGCUGCAAGACGUGCUGGAUCGAGCUGGAAGAUUGCGCAAGACGGACAAUGACGCUGCGGAUGGUGUUGCAGAUCACGGAAACAUGGAUGUGGAUGUGGAUGAAGGGGAAGAGGGCGAACCUGACGAUGAAGCGGAAGACGCCAGAACGGCAAUCGCCGAUUCCAAGGCAGCUCUUCUGCGAGCUGUGGAGACUGGCCGAUGAGAUUCUAGAGACGCUAUCUGUGCUCAACGCGCUGCGUCCCACCGCUGCGAAUGAUCCACCAGCCAAAGCCAUGGGACGCAAAAAGCGACGCUUCUCCAGCGUUUCAAUGUCCCCCUCGCUCACACCUGCUCCUGCGCAAUCGCCCCCACCCGUAAGCCGCGCCUCGCAACACUCGCAUGACAAGAGCGACAACCGGGGAGGAGCGUUUGGCGCUACGCUUGAUGCCGCCCCAAGCGGUUCGGCAUCCACUUCUUCAGCAGCCGCGUCUAGCGCUGUCCGCUCAUCAGAAUCAUCGUCCAAUCUUGUCAGCGGCUCGACGAGCGCACUCGGCUCUGCUGCAAGAGACGCGCACAACACGUCGAUAUCGAGUGCCAAUGUGAGCGCGACGCCAAGCGCGAGCAAAAGCAGGCAAACGCCACGGGGAUACGUCGACCCUGCCAAAGCGCGCAGAGAGGUUUUGCACGCCCAAUUGCCUCUGGCCAAAGGACGCAGGGUGGCCUUUAGGCAGCCGACCAAAUCUCGCUCGGAGCGCGGACCAACGAAUGGCAAAGGGUCUGGUGUGCAAGGUGGCGCGGGCGCAGGAAAAGGCGGAACGGGCGGCGGCGGCGGCGGGGGCAGCAGCAGCAACAACAACAACAACAACCAGACUGAAGAAGAGGGAGAGACUUGGAUUCUGGCUGUUGUGAUGGAAUGCAUCAACAACGAUCGAAAUCGAUACGUCGUGCAGGAUGCAGAGGAUCGCAACUCUCCCACGGUAAACACGACGCUCAAAGCUAUCGUGCCGCUACCAGAGAGUGUGGCUACGUUGCCACCGCAAGACUAUGCAGUAGGUCAAUGGGUGAUGGGCAUGUAUCCCGACACUUCAUGCUUCUACCGCGCCAAGGUCUUGGGUGGAGGACCAGGUCUGACUGGUCGUCAGAACCCAGCCAAGCUCAAAUCGAGGACGCAGGAACUGUUGGCCAAGCCAUAUCAAUUGGAGUUCGAGGAUGACAACAAUAGGAUGCACGAAGUCUCUGCCGGCUACGUCGUGGAAAGACCAUAGUCGAUGGGUGGUGAGGCUGACGAAAGCAAGCGAUCGCGUGCCACGCUGAUUGCUACCAUCGCACGAUGCUGUCGACUCGAGACUCGAGAGUCCUUUCGGCUCUUGCUCGCCUUCAUUUCCAUUCCGAUCACCUUCGCCGUCUCCACCUUCAAUGUUCCCUAGUAUUCGCGUCUUUUGCUUCGUCUUCCUCCCCCUCUUCUGCAAUGAACACGAUCUGCUGCGUAGUCUAUCGCACUA